AUGGCAGGUCAGAAAAAGGCAACGAAUGGCCCGUGGACUUUCCUCUCAACCUUUUGUGUGAUGGUUGCUCUUGCCUAUCUUACUUUAAAUCAUUCCUCGCCGUCACUCCUGAUCUCUUCUCAAUGGAAAAGGGUGGGUAUUGAUUCUACUGUUCUCUCAAACACCACCAAUCGGUUUGAAUUGGCACCAGAUCUCCAUGUUUCGCGUAAGCCAACUUUGCAAAGAUUAAAUUGGAAAUUAUCAAAGCUGGACGCGCGCCCUGAUGGGGUUCGAAGGUCCGUUUACUCAAUCAAUAGUCAGUUUCCCGGGCCCACUAUUGAAACCCGGACCGGUGAUCACCUUAUCAUCACCGUUGAAAAUCAUCUGAGCGAGGAGAAUGUCACCAUUCACUGGCAUGGUCUAAAUGUCCCUAAUUUUAUGGAUGGGAUGCCUAGCGUAACACAGUUAGAGAUUCAACCUGGUGAUAGUUUUGUUUAUGACUUCGUCGUUCCCUUAAAUCAAGCGGGAACCUUUUGGUACCAUGCUCACACAGAUCUAAAACAUGCGGAAGGUCUUUAUGGGGCAAUUGUGGUUCAUAAACCAGCUUCCGGUUCAGAGCUUGUCGAGAAGGAAUUAUUCGGUUAUGAUAGAGAGCUCCUUCUCCAGAUCGGUGACUGGUACCAUCAACCAGCCGCAAAACUCAUGUCCCAUUACAUGUCUGCGGCGUCCUUUGGAAAUGAGCCAGUACCAGACUCGCUCCUCAUAAAUGGAGUUGGUCGGUUUGAAUGUGAAAUGGCAGUACCUGCGCGACCAGUGGACUGCAUUUCUCAAUGCCCAGAUUUCUCAUUUUUGGCACUGGAAAGGGAUUCAACGUACCGUAUUCGUGUGAUUAAUACUGGUUCAAUGGCUGGUUUUACUCUGCAAUUUGCAGAUUGGUUUCUGGAAGUCAUCGCGUUGGACGGUGUAGAAGUGCAAAAACAAUCUUCUGAAGCCCAGUCUGCUGGAAUACUUUUUCCCGGCCAACGAAUGGAUUUGAUCCUACGCCCCUCUCAAAAGCCCCUUCACAGAGACAAAUCAAAUAUGAUGGUUGCUCUCCAUACCAACAUGAUGCCGUACUUUGACUUUGAAAACUGCUCAGUUGAAUCUAUCGAUUUGCUAAAUCCCACGCACGUUGAUGUCAAUAAGAUCCCUUCAGCGUCAUCAGUAUUAGCAUUGCUACCUUUGGUGGCGCACGAGACUCAUGUGGUCUACACCAAAAUCCAGAAAAUGGCCAUCAACGAGAAUGAACCAUGGGGCUACUUCAACUCUACUUCCUGGCGACCUCAGCAACAACCACGCGUUCCUUUGAUCGAUCUUCCCCGGGCCCAAUGGGACAAGAAUCAAUUUUCAAUAUCGACCGGCCCUGAGCCAAUUUGGGUGGAUAUUGUGCUCAACAAUCUGGAUGAUGGGGGCCAUCCUUUCCAUCUACACGGCCAUAACUUCUAUGUCUUGCAUGUUUACCAAGCGGCUAUUGGCUGGGGAUCAUACAAUCCUUUCAAGGACUCGUUCCCUCCCGGCCUUGACCCAGAAUUCCCGAAUUAUGAUUUAUCGAAGGCAGUGUUGAGAGACACGGUUUAUAUUCCUCGCCGAGCAUAUGCUGUUCUACGAUUCCAGGCAAAUAAUCCUGGUCUGUGGUUUCUACACUGCCACAUAGUCUGGCAUCUAGCUGGUGGCAUGGCGAUGAUUGUGGAUGUUAUGGGAGGGUAA